CCAACAUUUUUGAGGAAGGAAGGGACUAUCUCCUUUAGUGUACUAAUCUCAAACUGUUUUUCUUUUAACAAUACUAUAACAAGUUCCUGUCUGUUAUGAUUUCCUCAAGAUGCGCAGACAGCCAACAAAUCCAUGUAAUGCUUCGAACAUCGAAAAUCCAAACCAGAGGCGAGACACGCGCAGCGACUUCCAGCAUUAGAAAAGACAGGCUCUGAAAACGCCGUUGAAUCUGCAACAAAAUCAUGUCUGUCGCCAAUAUUCAAAAGAAGUUGGACAACAUUGAUGUGGGUCCGGUGGAACAAGACGUUUCGUCAGCGGCAGAGGGAAAAGCGUCAUCUUCGUUGGAAAACUGUUGCGUUUGCGAUACGCCACUACACCAAAGUCGGUUACCACAACUCUUUCCAUGCUUACACUCUGCUUGCAGGACAUGUCUGUCAAAACAGCAUGUGGAGGAGAACAACAGAAAAUCCAUAGAAUGUCCCUCCUGCAAGAAGUUAUUUGGCAUCACGGAAAUCACGGAAAAUAUUCUCUUUAUGCAGUCUCUCCCUUCGUCAGAGAGUGAUGUCUUUAAGUGUGGAGGAUGUGAGGAGCUUGGAAUCAGUGGCUGGUGUAAGGACUGUGGGGAAUUCCUAUGCUCUGAAUGUGUGUCAGCCCAUAGCCGAGUAAAACUCACCCGGAGUCACACCAUUGUAGCACAGGAGCUAUCUGAAGGUUCACAUCCUACCCAGUACUGUCCAGCUCAUAGAGAAGAACCUCUGAAAUUCUUUUGUAUGACCUGCAGUCAGCUCACUUGUCGGAACUGCCAGCUGGUCGACCACAGAAAUCACAGCUAUCAGAUGAUCACUGAGGCAGUAUCUGCUUUACGUGAAAAGCUUCAGUCACUACAGGGACAAGUGACCAAACACAAGGAGCAAGUCAAACAGAGUGAAUUGGAUUUGGAUCAGAGACUACGGAAUAUUGCUGACCUGAAGACUAGCCUCAAGAGAAAACUUUCCCUGGUGGUGUCAAAGAUGCAUCGAGCCUUGUUAAUAAAGGGGCUCGACCUCUUUCAGUCUGCUUCGGCAGUGUAUGGGAGAGAGGAGAAACAACUGUUCCAACGAAAGACCUCUCUGAGGAGAAUAGAGAAGAGACAGGACUACAUUAUAUCUUUCAUUGAAAAAACUCUCAGCAUAGAAGGCCAUGCUGGAAUACUCCUUAAAAACAGAAUUGAAAGUCAAAUAAAGGAUUUACUGCUCCAGAGUGUAAAUCCACCUAGUUCUAUGCUUGAACUGAAUGUCCAGGUCAAUCAGUCAAUCAUGACCUCAGUGGAAAAUUUUGGAGGAAUCUCACUCAGACUUGUCCCCUUUGAACGGUACCAGUCCAACCAGUCCGAGUCCCUUCUUCAGACCGUACCAAAUCUCCAGAAUGUCCCCAAGGACUGUAUCAUCAACACAGUGACGUCCACCUCCUCAUCCCCUGACUCCUCUACUCAGGAGGCUACUCUACUCGGUCGAUCCCCAGUGGCUUCUCCCUCUCAUCACAGUCAGUCUCACAACGCCCCACUUGGAAUCCCGCAGUCUGCGGCUUGCUCAUCUAACUCUCCCCAGUCGUCUACUUCCUCUCAUGGCCAGACUGGGCCCAAGGUCUGCAUUGUUAACACCGCAACAUCCACCACGUCUCCUGACACCUCUGCCCAGACAGCUCUACACGGUCAAUCCCCUACAGUUCCCCACUCUCAUCACAGUCAGCCGAAGAGCGCCCCACUUGGUCAUUCGGCUCAGUCUACGCUUCAGACUACGUCUGCCCCAUCUAAUGCUCCUCAGUCUCAGUCUGCUUCGUCAAAUAGCCUUCAGCUCCCUCGGUCCUCUUUGCCUCAUGCUCAACCCGACGUUAACAGGCCUGCCCUGCAGCACCAUAAUGCUGUAUUACCAUUAUAUGUGCCCUCUACAUCUUUCCAGCAACAGAGUCAUCAGAGUCAGACUGCGUUUCUUGUUCUUUCUACACCUGUAAUCUCGAAUCCUCCCCAGGUCCUGUGCGGUCCCUUCAGUAUCGCCAACGUGACAGAAAAAUCAGUAAAACCACAGUCUGCACCACAAGUGCAGGUCCACUCUGGCUCAGCUAACUCCUCAGCAAACAGUACUAGGCCAUCUCACACGAGUAAGCCUGAACUGACAGCAUCACACAGUCCUCUGUCGUCUCACCCAAAAUCAGCACAGCAGCCCUCUCCCGCCAGGUACGUUCAACUCAUCCGGCCUGCUCCUGCCCAAACUCAGUCCAGCCUUAAUGCCCUGUCUGCUUCUACAGACUCAGGAAAAGCCCAGUCAGGACAUGCUGAUACUCAGGCCAGCACAUUUCAGCCUCCUCCCUCAGCAGUGGUCCAGCAAGUACAGGUUUCUUCUGUAGACCCCCAGCAUUCACUGGCUCACCCAACAGUAUCUCCAUUAGAUCAACACAGUACUCAGUCUUCUCUUUUACAGCGGCCACCUCUCACCAAGCAUCCUCAAACCAUCCGGCCUACUUCUGCAGACACAGGAAAAGCUCAGUCAGGUCAUUCCCAGUCUCAGCCCAACACAUUUCAGCCUCCUCCUUCAGCAUUGGUCCAGCAAGUACAAGUUGUUUCUGUUGAUGCUCACAAUCCCCAGUCUCGCCCAGCAGUAUCUUCACUAGAUCAACACAAUCCUCUGUCGUCUCACCCAAAACCACCACCACAAGCCCCCCUGUCUGCUUCUACACACUCAGGAAAAGCCCAGUCAGGACGUUCUGAGAUUCAGUCCAACACAUCUCAGCCACCUCCCUCAGCAUUGAUCCAGCAAAUCAAGGUUUCUUCUGUUGAUGCCCAACAUUCCCAGUCUCCUCCAACAGCAUCUCCAUUAGAUCAACCCAGAACCAUGUCUUCUCACCAAAAGCCACUACAACAAGCCUCUCAGAGCAAGGCGGCCCUCUCUAACCCUAUUUUGUACAACAUCCUUCAAGUCCCCUCUGCUGAUACCCAGAAUCCCCAAUCUUCCAAAACCGCUUUUAAUAAAUCCUUGAGCCUUCAGGAUCCGAGAACAAUGAAAUUGAUUGCAAAGAGAAUCGCAAUGCUCAAGAAAAAGUCUACCAACAACUUCAAACGGCGUCCACCAAAAGUGUGGAAAUUCCAUGAAUGCCAUUCUUCUUCUGGGUCUGAUGAGACCAACCAACACUCUCUCAGUGGCAGUAAUGCUUCAGUGUCAAGCCCAACUGGUUUGCCAGACCCUCAGAGUGACACUCAAACUUUGACCAUCCAGCAAACCACCAGUAAGACACAGUGCCUAGAGGAGCCAUCAGAACAGAGGGAUACCCCGCCUCAAUUAACCAAGGACGAUCACAACAUACAUACAAACUGGCUUAAUGGACUUCCACAAAGCUUUCGAGAAAUAUUAGGAGUAUCACCUCUUGAGAAGGAGGGGCAGGAUUCCCCUCAAACAGACAUUGUCAAGACCGAAGAUCCUCAGACCUUGUCAAGACCAAAGUCUGAAGAUUCAGUGUCUGUUGGUGACACCGAUUCUGUGACAUCUGACAAGGCUGAAAACACAGUUGAAAUAAAGAACUCCACACUUCCUGAGAAGAUAUUAAGAUGCCAAGUUGAUUUGAUUCGACUGGAUAUAAAGUUGCCGUCUACUGGACUUUCACUUCCUCGGUUCAGAGUUGGCACUGAUGGAUCUCUUGAAAUUAUCCCACUGCCAGAGAUUGAAGUGGAGGAACUCUUCAUGGACUCUGAGAGCUCGGAGAGCUCUCCUCUGUCUCUUGACUCUACGGAAAGCAUCAUCCAAUGCCAGGUGUGCAGCGCAAACAGAGCCACCCUCCAGUGUGUGAUAUGUGAAAGGAGCUUUCACAGAGACUGCCAUGUUCCUCCAAUCACCACCCGGGUCUGCAAUUACAAAUGGAAGUGCUCCAUAUGCCAGGACCUGUCUGAUUCAACAGACCCAUUCAGGAAGGAUAGACAAAGGAAGUUCUGGCUGAACUCAGUGGAUCAGAGGAGAUGUGAACACCUCUUACUCGCCCUUAUGUGCAAGAAGAACAACAGCGUCCUUUAUAACUCAUGCAAGGAUCCAGCGUCGUCUAUAGACUUUGAGUUCAUUCAUGAACGGCUGCUGAGGAGACGGACUCCUCCGUACCGCACGCCAUCUGAGCUGGUUUCAGAUGUCUGGGUGUUUCUGGAAUCCACUCUGUCUAACGCUGAGGAGACUGAGGAUGCACUGAGGAUGCUGAAGUCCUUUAAGAAGAGGGUCAACCAGGUCUUUGGAAACACUCUCCAUCCAUCUCUUCUGAAACGAUCCAAUGUGAAUAGGGAACAGAAUCUGGGAAAAACAGGAGGACCAAUCAAAAAGGAGACGUCAGAAACCGAAGAUGACUCUUCAGAGGACUGCACAGAACCUGUUAUCAAAAAACGUCACCUGGACUAGAGAGAGACUGAGUCAAGAUCACUGUUGAUCGUUUUUCUCAGCCUGCACGCAUGUCACAGUCUGUGCCAAGGCAAUGACCGUAGUAUGGCAAGAGCAAGUCUGAAAAGAAGAGGUCUGCAAGUUUUCAGCACAGUGAUGUUGAUUAUGGACCUUACAGGGACAAGAUAAAGGGAGAGAAAUACACUGACUGGUACACACAUGGACACAUACUUGCCUCAAAGAUACCACACCGCCCUUUGAAAAUGUUGCUGAUGUUGCUGUUGGUGCACUAUAAGAAUAGCUGAAGCUUUUCGUUUCCACAGACAGUUUUCCAUUUAUAUACAGUAGAACAGGUUUCAUGUUUGCUUAAAUUUCCACCUCAAUAGGUCAUGGUGCCUUCCAUGCAUUUUGUUUUCUUUCCCUAAGGUUUGUCACUUCAAGUUACUUUGCUCUCCAAGCAGUGAGCUCUAUUGUGUUCUCUUUUUAUUGAUGUUCCCGGAAUGGCAAAUUGUAUAUGCCUACUUAUUUCGGAGAGAAAUUUAAUGACGUCUUCUGGUAUAUCAAACCGCUAUCCUCCUGUUAAUAAAUGUUCGGAAUAGCUUAA